UUUUGCCAUAGACUAGUAAUGGCGGUCAGUUCAAUAUUUUCUGAUUUUUAAUGUGUUUUUCUUUUUCUUUUAAUAAUUGUUAACAAUUGAGUUAAAAUUAAUUAAAAAUUUCGCUAUGAAAAUGGAAGGAGAAAGUUCACCAUUAAAGAGAAAUUUAACUGAGUGGCGAUUUAGCCAAUACCCUAAAUACAUUUUAUUGCCGAUCGAUGAGAACCACGACCAGAUUAGGUCAAAUAUAAAAAACGUUGUGUUUUCUGAGGUAACUCCUCGACCACUUGAACGCAACAUAAGGCUUGUGUGUGCAUCACAGGAUGCCUUAACCAAUAUUUUGGACAUGGAUCCCGACAUGGCCAAUCGUGAGGAGUUUGCCGAAUUCAUUGCUGGUCGUAAACUGCCGUAUGGAGCUUUACCUGUAGCACAUAGAUAUGGUGGACAUCAAUAUGGCUUGUGGGUAGGACAACUUGGUGAUGGUAGAUCUCAUAUCCUUGGAGAAUAUGUUAAUCGUCGCGGAGAAAGAUGGCAGAUCCAGCUUAAAGGUUCAGGACAAACGCCGUACGCUCGCGUGCAUGACGGACGCGCAGUGCUCCGGUCUGCUAUCAGAGAGAUGAUCGCAUGCGAAGCCUGCCAUUUCUUGGGCAUACCAUCUACUCGAGCUGCAGGAUUAGUUGUGAGCGACGAAGCGAUAGUCAGGGAUGUGUACUACAAUGGAUGCCCUCGGCGCGAGCGUGCGGCCGUGGUGCUGCGUCUGUCCCCAAAUUGGUUCCGCUUCGGAUCCCUCGAGAUACUGUCUAGGACCGGAGAGAUCGCCGUGUUGAGGCAACUGUCUGAUUUUAUUAUAAAGGAAUAUUUCCCAGAUAUCCAAUUAUCGGACGAGAAUCGUUUCAUUAGAAUGUUUUCUGAAAUUGCGCACAAAACAUUGGACUUGGUCGCCAAAUGGCAAGGUUUGGGUUUCACCCAUGGUCUAUUAAACACAGACAACAUGAGUCUUCUAGGCCUCACCAUGGAUUUUGGACCCUUCGGUUUCGUGGACUCCUAUGACGGUGGAUUCGUCGCUAACUGCUCUGAUGGCGAAGGACGGUAUGCUCUUGCUAAGCAACCAGAUGUGGUGGUAUGGAACAUAGGUCAGCUCGCCAAUGCUCUGAAGCCUCUAUUAACUUCUUCUCAACAAGUCCACAUGUCACACAUUCUGAAGACUUUGGACACCUACUGCAAGAAUAAAAUAUUGGAAACGUUCCUCAUGAAGAUAGGUUUGAAAGAAGAGCGUUGGGGUGAUGAGCAACUGGUAGAGAAGCUUCUGGAUAUGAUGCAACAGACUGGUGCAGACUUUACUGCCACUUUCAGACAACUUGCUGAAUUAGAGCCAAGUGAGAUGGUAAGUGAGAUUAAGCUAGAGGAGAAGUGGUCGUUAAAGCGGCUGUCGUCUCAUGCUUCGUGGGGAUGCUGGCUGGAUCAGUACCGCGAGAGACUCGACAAAGAAGCGGGUGUUCUACCUGUGAACAGUCGUGUGGUCGAUUGUGGUGUUACCGCUGUUGACGCCAGCUCCUCUGGCUUGUUCGAAGACGAACGUCGCAGGCGCAUGUUGAGUGCCAACCCAGUGUAUGUGCCACGGAACUGGCUGCUGCAUGAGGCAAUUGUUGAUGCUGAACAGGACGAUUAUCAAAAGGUACGCUUUUUGCUGGAAGUUCUAAGAAAUCCGUUUGAAGUGAACCCUGAAGCUGAGAAGCGAGGCUUUUCAGCGCAGCCACCACAGUGGGCGUAUGCUUUGAAAGUCAGUUGUUCCAGUUGAAUGUUUGUCUUCUCUUAAAAUAAAUAUUUAUUAUUUACUAAA